CUGCCCCACACAAACAUGGCGGCCGCCCCACACAAACAUGGCGGCCGCCCCACACAAACAUGGCGGCCGCCCCUGAGCGCCGCGGGUGCUGCCCGAUACAAACAUGGCGGCCGGGGAGACCCGGCGGCUUCGCUCUCCCGCCCCGAGCGCUCUCUGACGUCAUCUCCCCGCGACGCAGCUAGCACGUGGGCCAUGGAGGGGGAGAACGGCGGGACCCCGGGAUCGGGAUCGGGAGCCACCCCCGAGGGGCCCAGCGGGGCCGCCCCGGCCGCGGGCCCGGCCCGGCGGCGGCGGAAAGGCGCCAAGAAGCGGCAGGAGGCGGUGGCAGCCAUUCCGCGGGGCAGGCCCAAGUCGGGGAGGGUGUGGAAAGACCCCGGGAAGAAAAGGUUCUCCCACAUGAUCCAGGACAAGGCUCUCCGCACCUCCUGGGCCCGGAAGAUGAAGGAGAGGCAGGAAAAGAAGCUGGUCCGGGAUCUGGCCCGACAGCUGGAGGAAGGGAAGCGGAGGGAGCGAGAGGAGAAGAAGCGGCGGCGGGAGGAGAACCUGAAGCGGCGCCUGGAAAACGAGCGGAAAGCAGAGAUUGUCCAAGUGAUCCGGAACCCCCUGAAGCUCAAGAGGGCCAAGAAGAAGCAGCUCCGGCGGGUGGAGAAGCGGGACACGCUGGCCCUGCUCCAGAAAACCCCCGUCCGGCGCGGCACAGCCACGGAAUGAGGCGGGAAUCGGGAUCCUGCCGUGCCCGGGAUGUGCGGCUGGGAUUCCUACGGAUCCCGCUCCCUUCUCCAGGGAUGUUUUCUCUGGCUUGCAGGGCAGGAGUUGCUGCUGGGAACCCUCGGUGUCGGACAGACAACAGGGCGGAUGAUCCACAGGAACCAGCUGGAUCCCCAUCCCCAUGGAAUUGGGAUGUUGCUGGAACAGAACUUUGCUUUCCCAAAUUUGCCUUUUCCUUAUAAAAAAUGAACAGGAACUGAGA